UCCUCUUUUUAUAAGAGGCAUAGUCUUUUGGGACAAAAACUUAUGCACAAAAACUAGAAUCCGAAUCUCAGCAAGUAGCUAUCUUUUAACAACCCUCGUCUAUUUCACAUUUCUAAUCAUCGGUUAUGAUAUGAGAGAGUAAUCCGGAGAAGGUUUCGGUGCUAGAUUUUAGUUUAUGAUUGGGGAAUACUUAUGUGCAUUAAGGCAAUGAAAGGGUGAAUUUGGGGAAGUGUUAGAACUUGAAUAGGUUCCUUGGUUUUGAUUUGUAGUUGAAUUUGAUUCUACGUCUUGGUGUUUCUGAAGUAUACCCUUUUGAGAUAUAGCAUCUAAAGAAAAUUACAUAUUGGAACAAGGAUUCCUCCUUUUUUUUUGGUUCUUGAUAUGCAAAGAGUACGAGUUUCAUCACACCAAGCCCCGGUGCACAAGUUGGGAGAUUCCCAAAUGACAUUAUCCCCAAAAUUUAAGUUAGCUGCAAUCCAAUCCUCGCUUCUAGAUGCUUCAAUAGAAUUGGAAUUGUCUGUCAGGGGAGAGCCUCUAAUCCCUGGUCUUCCUGAUGAUAUCGCUUUCAACUGUCUCCUCCGGCUUCCUGUUGAGAGCCAUGGAGCUUGCAGGGCUGUCUGCAAACGUUGGUGUUCCUUGCUUGGAAGCAAGGAGCGAUUCUUCACGCGGAGAAGGGAGUUUGGUUUUAAUGACCCUUAUUUGUUUGUCUUUGCUUUUCAUAAAUGUACUGGAAAAAUUCAGUGGAAGGUACUUGACCUCAUUCACUUUUCUUGGCACUCUAUUCCAGCGAUGCCUUGCAAGGACAAGGUUUGCCCUCACGGAUUUAGGUGUGUUUCCAUUCCCCAUGAAGGUGUUCUCUUUGUUUGUGGUGGUGUGAUCUCUGAUGUGGAUUGCCCUUUGAACUUGGUAUUGAAAUAUGAAGUGCAGAAGAAUCGUUGGUCUGUGAUGAAAAAGAUGAUGACUGCACGUUCGUUUUUUGCAAGUGGGGUGAUUGAUGGGAUGAUUUAUGUGGCUGGAGGAAACAGCACAGAUCAUUUUGAGUUGAAUUCGGCUGAAGUCCUUGAUCCUGAUCACGGGUUUUGGCGACCCAUUGCAAGCAUGAGAACAAAUAUGGCCUCAUAUGAUGCAGCAGUUCUUGAUGGCAAGCUUCUUGUAACAGAGGGCUGGUUUUGGCCCUUUUAUGUUGUUCCCCGGGGCCAGAUUUAUGACCCGACAACUGAUAACUGGGAGGGUAUGGCUACUGGACUGAGAGAAGGUUGGACUGGUUCUAGUGUUGUGGUUUAUGGGCACUUGUUUGUGGUUUCAGAGCAUGAAAGGACAAAACUUAAAGUUUAUGACUCGGACACUGAUUCUUGGGAAGCUGUCUUAGGACCUCCUUUACCAGAGCAGAUAUGCAAGCCUUUCUCUGUAAAUUGCUAUGAUUGCAGGAUCUAUGUUGUGGGUCGUAAUCUUCAUGUUGCUGUAGGCCACAUCUUGAGGCUGCGUACAGAAAACACGUCUGAGAAAAAGUGUAGCUUUUCUGUUGAGUGGCAAGUGGUGGACGCACCGGAAAUCUUCUCUGACUUGACUCCAUCAAGCGCACAGGUUCUGUUUGCUUAAUUCUUCAGUUUCCUUUGAUAUAACUUUUGCCUGUUGUUGCAGCUUAAAUUGUAAUUAAAAGAGAGUGUUAAAUCUGUAGAGUGAUGCUACAAGUAUGAAAAGGCUCUUAAAGUAGUUCUAUCAGAUGUAAUAAUUUUGAGGUAUAUGUACAUUAAUAUGCUGUCUUUAUUUUUCACUUUUUUUGUCUAGUGCAACUUGUGUUUGGGAAUAACAGAUUUAUGAGACACCGUUUGAAGACAGAUAUUUUUUGGGUGAAACAUUGUUUGUAAUGCAUUAUAAUAGUAUGAUUUGCAUGAUCCGUUUAGAAGUGAUCCACAUGUUACUCACUUAACCAAUAUCCCCAAAAGUUUACAUUGUGUGUGCAUUUAUAGAUGGCAUAAGCGUUAAAGUAAUUUAUUAUGAUCUACUGGAAGUCUGGAACUGAUACUUCAUGAGAUUGAGUGACAUGAACCUUUUGACAAAAGAUCAAAACAUAUCUACAUUAUCCUGUUAACACAAAUUAUGUACAACCAUUUGAGUAGAACAACUGAGGAAGUGUCCAGGAUGAGGAAAGUUAGCAUUAUUCAAUACAGAGGACAGUCGGUCCUCAUGGACAAGUUCAUUCUGUGCUCUCUUGUAUGACCACCAAAGGACUUCUCUACUGAUU